AUGUCACAAAGUUCUAUCGCAUACCUGAACAAUCUGAACACUUUUAAAAGUGGCUACAGCUGUUACGAACCCACCAUUGACAGUUCAAAUUACUUUAUACGGACAUUUACAUCGACAGGCGAAUCUGAACUCGCCUCAAAAAGUGAAUCUGCAAAAAAUGACAAAUCUAUGUGCACAUCGAGGAGUGAAGAUUAUGAUAAGACUUUAGAAAGUUGCAAAAGAGGUCACAAAAAACAAAAGAUAUAUCAGGGAAAACGAUUAGAAAAGAUUAAGAGAGAAAAAAAAAAACUCAUCAAGGAAGUUAUAAGUAAACCAAUUAUUUCAACACCCAAUUACACGUUUCAACAAAGACCUCUAAGUUCAAGAAAAGAUGUCAAAUACACAUAUAGUCACAGGAGAGUGACAUCGUUUAAAUCAACGUCGGAUCGAUCCAUAUCGGUAAAACAGUCGGAGAUCAAUGAGUUGCAGUUUAGUCGGGUGACGCAAGACCUGAUUCGCAAAACUCGCUCUCAAGAGAUCUCUUCAGAAAAGCAUAAUGUUAAACAAAAUCAAAUGGACAUUGACGAAGAAAUAAUAAUUGGAAGAAAGAUUAUACAUACGUAUGAGAAUAGAUUGGGUAGCCGACGGUUAAAAGAGUUUACAACUCCUAAAAGUAGUAUGCGCACGCCACAAAAUAAGAGGAUAUUUGAUAUAGACAAUGAUUCGUUUCUUCCAAAUCGUUCUAAUGGCGAAGAACCGCUUCACUCAAAACAUAUUAACGGAGACAGAUUACUAAUACGUAAUGCCCGUCGUCACACUCCGUUAAUUGACAAACGUCAGUUAGAAGAGGAGUCUAAGACUGAAAAUCGAUUAAAACAACUCACAUUGUCGGAAUUAACUGGCGAUCUCUAUCCACCUUUGACGGAACAACAAAAGAAUCAGGUUAAGAUUCUACUAAAUCCGGAUGGUAUCAAAUAUAAGCAAAAUACCGUGAUUAUUGAGAAAUUCAAUAUAUCCAUCAAGAUUCAAGACAUUCAAACACUGUCUAUCGGUUCAUGGUUGAAUGAUGAGACCGUGCCUUAUCUAAAAAUUGAUGCUUUAAAGGUCAUAAAUUUUUAUUGCAAUCUGGUCACGGAAAGAGCAAAAUCGUGUUCCGAGAAAUUCCCACCAAUUCACAUAGUAAACACCUUCUUCUACACUACGCUGAUGGAUGACAACGGUGUAGAGAGGGUGUCUCGCUGGUUUUUGAAAUCGAAGAAAAAGGUUCCUCCACCAAAUUUGUUUGAUAAAAAGCUUAUAUUUAUACCGAUUAACACAACCGUCCAUUGGACAUUAGCCGUUGUCAAUUUUGAAUUAAAACGUUUCGAAAUGUAUGAUUCUCUUGGUGCCGGAUUUAGGCCGGGCUUUUUAUUGAAUUUAAGAGAAUUUUUUAAGUUCAUGGCCAUAAAAACCAACAAUACCGAGUUUGAUUUUGAAAAUUGGGAUGUCAAAGAGUUUCGGUCGACCUCGCCUCAACAAUCGAAUACAGACGAUUGUGGGGUGUUCGCAAUGGUGACUUUAGAGCAUUUGGCUCGCCGGGCACGUCUGUCAUUUUCUCAAGCGUUGAUGCCAUAUUUUAGGGAGAGGAUGAUAAUUGAAAUUAGAAUGGGACGAUUAUUAAAUUCCGACUAA